UGCAUGGUUUGCGGGAGGCUUAUUCAGAGAAACUGCUGUCAGACAAACUGAAUGUAUCUUCGAAUCCAGGCCAGGAUCAAGGAGUUGUAAUGGCGGGACAAGGAUUUCAAGGUGCACUGAGGGUCAUUCUCCUUGUGUGUCUCCUUGGACUAACAAAAGAGUUUGAACUUGAGGACAAAGACUGGGACGAGUUGAGGUCUGAUGUGGCUGCGCUGCACAGAUUGAAAGGAUUACCUGAUCAAAUGACACGUAGGACCACAGGAGCAGACACCAGAGAGAUAACAAUGCACGGGACCAGGACAAAGAGAUUCAGCAAUUACAGGGCAUAUGUGGAGAAAAAGCCCAUGGCUUUAUUUGAUGGUCUUAGGGGAUGUGACAAUUUUACAACAUGCGUCAUUCAAAUGGACCAGGAUUUUGAAAGGUUCCUGGAAGAAAUUGAUAGACAAAAGAUCCAAGAUUUGCUGCUGUCUGCUUCUGAAAUGUCUUACACCUACAGCAACAAACUUCUCCUUAUAAUGGACAAGGAAGAGUGGACUCGUCAGCGAGUAGAAGAGGAGUACAGCAUAGAUCCUCAUUAUUCAGUAAUGGUCAGUGAUGCUUGUAUGUACAAUGAUUCAUGUCUCCCAACCGUUAACAGUGGCACAGUUGUGAAGAUAUUUGGUACUGCCUCAGAGGAUGGACAUACUCUGUCCGGUUACUCUGGUUCCUCACUAGCAAAUCUAAUGUUGACACCAUCAUUGAGAUCAGCAUCCGUUUUCUCCCUUGACAUCAAUACCACUUCUUCAUUUCAUAAUGACUUCAUGAGGGUUUUUAAGUAUCAUGACAAUAAUGCUGUCUUGGAAACUACCAGCCCGGGAGAUCUUCUCAUCUUUCAAAUCAUGGAUCACACUGACACUGCAGCUGAGUACCAUGCUCCAAAGAGACCCAUUGAUCACACCACACAGUAUGAUAAACAGCACAUCCUAAUACUGGAAGAUAACCCCAUUGUUCGGGAAGCUGCUAAAUUUCUAUAUGAGAAACAUCCCACUGUGACCUCUGUGUACAUCCUGGAAAACCAACAGCCUAAACUGAUCAAAGGCGACCCGGUGCCACUGUCAGAAGAGAGCAGACUGGUCCUUGUAGGCCAUGGGAGCCGAGACAGCGAAGGAGAGAUGAGGGUUGGAGGGUACAAAGCCAAAGACGUGGCUGACAUCAUUGGACGUACUGCCAGGACUAGUGACCAUAUUAAAACCACAAGUGUGGUGGCCUGUGAAGUUGGGUCUGAUGAAGCCUUCAAGAACACCCUGUUAAAAGAGCUCCACACCAGGUCUAUUGAGACAGAACUACACCUAAGGAGUUCUUUGCUCCAAGUCAGCCACUCUGGGGAGAAGAUAACUGUAGAAAUAACACCCACUGGAUUGGAAACAAAACAUAAGGAUGACAGCAAGAAAGUGGUGGCAAUGUUAGACAGAGAUGGAAAUGUCGUCACUAGAGAACAGUUCAGAAUCAGGGGGGAAGGGAUUUUUUCAAAUGAGAGAAACUUUCUAGGGGAAGCUUCUGUUCAAGAACGUUUUAAAAAAUACAGAGACACAUGGCCAGACAAUCCAAAGAGAUUUGUUGAAUCUUAUGCACGUAGAAAAUAUACUGAUGAACUUGAAGCCUUAACCUGGGCCAUUUUUGAACCAAUGAAAAGUGAUAAAAAUUCAAAAAAGUUACAGACAAAUUUGGACAAUGAAGAGUUUCGGAUAUGCAAUAUUGAGAGACAAAUGAUAAACGGAAGAAAUACAAUAAAGGAGAAAACAUGGAUUGAAGAUAACAAUGUCAUUAAAGGUAUUCUUGAUAACUGCUAUGAAAUGAAGUCAAGUGAGGAUAUCCUAAGUGUGAUCCAUCACAAUGCAAAGCUUGGAGAAGAUAAGACCACGUACCUGAUGUUACAUGACUGGAUUUAUGAGAUAAACCCCCAAUCUUUAUAUGUGUUUCCAGUGGGGAAAAAGCUUGACAACAAUGAAAAGGGAAAUCAAAACAGAAUAGAUGAGAUAAAACGUUGUGUUGAGGAACAGAUUGGCAAAGAACAUUAUCCAGCCAUCCGUGAAAAUAUAGGAGAUGGCAAAGAAAGUUAUCCUAAUUUUGUGACAGAAACUCUUCAAGGGAAAUACACUAAAAGCUCAGAAGGUAUGAUGAAGGAGGCAUGGUGCAGAACAUAUUUCUUGGCAUCCGUAAUAUCAGAGUCCUCCAGAAAUUUCCGUACAUUUCCUCUUGUCCUGAUGGCCUUAGAUAUGGCCCACAGCACAGACAAUAAUGUGAAAGAGAAAGGUUUGAGUUUCCUCAUGGAGAAUCAUCCAAUGGCAGCAGGUGGUUCUUGGGUGGAUCCAAGUAGGCGAGGAUUUUUCGGUUCGUCCUCAGACAUAGAUUCUAGCAAAUUAAAAAACAGAUUCAAAAAUAAACGUAAGAUCCCAGAGGAAUUACAAAAGGAUCUUAUGGACCUUACAGAAAAAGAGAAUAAUGUGUUUGAAGAAUGGUGGAAAUGGAAAAAAAUGGAUAACAACAAGGUAGAAGAUGAGAUCUUGAAUCUUGCAAAUGAGUAUGCACUAGUGAAUGAGAUUUCCAAAAAUUCAUUCAUAAGGGAUUAUAGUCAUUUCUUAAAUGAAAUUGGCAAACAAUCAUCCCUAAAUGAGGUCACUGGACUUUUGGGUGGGUCCCAUGAUGGCUCUGUGACAUUGAAAGAUCUACAUUCCGCUUCAGAAGUAGAGAAUUCACUCAAGCUCUCUUCGUAUUAUGCCAGGUCCUCUGCUAUGUUUGCUGAACAGAUUCACAAUCAGUUGAGGAGAGAAUUUGGUGACAGGCUGGACUUGGAGGGACUACAUGUCAAAGAAGGCAGUAUUAGGCUGGAGGAUGGACAAUUUCGAUGCCAGCUUACAUCGAAGAAGAAUCUCCGGGAAACAAUUGAAUUUAAGGUGGAGUUGCAUCCAGAGGGACAACUAUACACAGAGAAAAUGUGGAAAAACAUGGAGACAGUUCAUGGCCUGGAGAUUCCAGAUGGGACCCAUUCUCACCAGGUUUCGAAGCACCUGGAGCACACAGGGAUGGCAAUUGGAGCAGUGGGACUCAUGUUGGGGAUGCAAGGAGCUGUUCAUGCUUUUGAAGAGGGGGACAUUGAACAUGGUACAAUAGCCACGUUACAGACUGUACAUGGAGUCACAGGAAUGACCUUGGCUGCAGUUGGAAAACAAGUUCCCCAGCUUUUAGAGCGCAAGGCAAUGAGAGCCAUGGUAACAUUAAUCAAAAGCCCUGUGGUGAAACGUGCCCUGGUAGUUAUGCCAAUCAUAGGGAUUGGUUUUGGAAUUUACAAUAUUGUGGAAGACUUUAAGAGGAAAGAUGCACUGGGGUAUAUUGAUGCCACCUUCGAUGCUGCAAUAGUUGCCUUGGAUUUUCUUGAAAUCGGUCAACCAGAACUUGCGCCAUUAAUUGUGCCAAUCAACCUGGCACUAAAUACCAUACGAAUGAUCUUUGAUGACGUAUAUCUUGAUAUUCAGACUGAACUCAUUCAUUUACCACCAAAUUCUGGAGUUUUGGCAAAACUAAGAGCAUUCUUUGUUGGCUUUGGGAAAGGACUUUUACACUUUAUCCUUGAUGUGGCCAGCUUUUUUUAUACCGUUCCUUAUCGUGAGAUUGAGGAGGGACGAAGGCUUGUUCAACAAAUUUCAGACCACCAAAAGUACUAUUAUUUUGCAGAGGUACAGGAUGGGAGAAAGGCCAUUGAUUUCACAGCUGGUGAGGAUUCUUGGAAUGGAGGGAGUAUCACUUUUUGUCUCUCAGACCAGGGACCAUCUGACUUCUGCAUGGAUUAUUUUGUAUCCAGUGAUGAAAACUUGGGGAAAAAGUGUUGGACUAUUGACACACAUGGAACUAAAGACAUUGUUCUAGGCAUUGGAGAAUCACAUAGAUUAACUUACAAAAACAUAAAUAUAAAAAUACUCCUAUUCAUAAAAGUUGGCUCUAUGUCUGUCGUUUCUGGUUAUGAGGCUUUGUCAGACACAAGAUUUGGAACAUAUUGGGGAAACAAUGAAGCAAAUAAUUUUUUUGCCGUUCAGAAGGCAGAUGACGACCAUGGCAUUGAAGUCAUGUUGAGCUAUUACUACAAGCUUUAUGGAAAGAAUGGUGAUGACGUGUUCUAUUUGGGACCUCAAAAAAGCUAUGUGGAGGGGUGUGGCGGCAAAGACACUUUCAUCAUUCCUGUCAAUGGAGGAAACACGAUUAUUAAUAACUAUGAUCCUUUCAAAUCAACAGAUGUCCUACUCCUCGGCGUUAACUACAGUCAGAUUUCUGUCAGUAAGUCAGGAAAUGAUAUUGCUUUAAGAUAUCUUGGUAACCAUAACAUUAGGAUUAUGAACUGGUUUUUGGGGGACGAAUAUCGCCACAUGAACAUGAUGUCAGAGGACGGAGUCCUGUUCGACAUCUCCACCACAGUGAUUUCCUCUGUCCAACUGAUUGCCAGAGGUAUCAAUAGAAUGUCUAAAACUCACGGCCAGACAGUGAACGCUUCCGAACCACUUCUCCUUAGCGUUACUAAUAUUAUGGGGUCUCCUUACAAUGACAUACUAAUAGGAAAUAGACAGAAGAAUCUGAUUGAUGGUGGAGGGGGUCAGGACCACCUGAGGGGAGGAGAAGGAGAGGACAUAUAUAUGGUUUAUGAGAAAAAACUGUCAAAGAUAUUCAUUGAAAAUCACUCCUAUGACAAUGAAACAGACAUACUGGUGAUAGAGGCAAACCUUCAUGAAUUCAAAGUUAAAGUGGAUGGAAACCAUCUCAAACUGAUGCCUUUUGCUGAUCAAAGUUCUGAUGUGACCUUAAUGAACUGGUUCCGUUCAGAAGCGGACAGGCACUUGCUUGUUAUCACAAAGGAUCUGGUCACCUUCAGCAUCUCUGAGAACAAGGCAGCCUGUGAGCAGAUUGACUCAUUUAAGAGCAAAUGCCUCAUAAGUCAGAAUCUAGAUUACAGAAAGUCCACAGCUGCUCUACAUGUGGAUCUGCAGGAGGAUGAGGCUUUCCAAAGUGUCACAGAGGUGCGAGGCUCAGCCUUCAAUGACAUCAUCAAAGGGAACGUACAACGCAACACAAUUGUGCCAGGGCGAGGAGCAGACUUUCUUCAGGGGCGAGGAGGGGAGGACUGGUAUGUCGUAACUCCAGGUCAAGGCUUGAAAACCAUUGAGAACCACUCACCCGAUCUGGCUACUGAUGUACUUUUCCUGAGAGAAAAAUAUGAUUUCAUCAAUUGUAAAUGUAAUGGACCAGACAUUUAUCUCUCCAUAAAUGGCUCACAGGAAGUCCUAUUGAAGGGCUGGUUUCACUCAAGGAACUCUCAACACCUCCACAUCCAAUCAGCUGAUGGAAUAACAUUUCAACUGGAGUCCAAUGCCAGCAGUUGCGAUGGCUCCUUAAAGCUGCCAAAGUCUGUGGAUUUCCGAAAUAGGGUGACUGGAGAAAUCAUGAAGAUGAAUAACAGCGACUUUGCCUCAGUGGUGGAAAUGUAUGGCUCAUCUGGUUUCGACAGCAUGGAAGGAAAUGACAAAAAUAACAUGCUGGAUCCUUUUACUGGAGGUGGUAGCAUGGUGGGAGGAGAUGGGGAGGAUACCUACGUAGUGAACACUGGAUAUGGAACCAACAUCAUGAUUGAAAACUUUGCAGAGGAUGAAAGAAUGGAUACUGUGUUGUUUGAGAUGGAUUUCCUUGGUGAUGGUCAACUCACAGUUCAGUCUGACAAGCAUGAUGUACUUGUGAGCACAGGUACACAGGGGCAUAAAAUUCAGGUCAGAGUGCUCAACUAUAAUUCAGGGCAACAACACCAACACCUUAGCUUCCAGAGCUCUGAUGGAGUGCAUUUUUGGGUUAGAUCUCCAGUUGGAAACAAAACGCGUAGCUUUCAAAAGCCUUGGAUUGAAGCUUACAAAGUGACAAUGAAAGGAAAACUGGGAGACUGCCAAAUAGAUCUGAGUUCUCAAUCAAAUUUAUCAUUGGUUCACACUGUGCAGGGCUGUCCCCAUGACUCCAAUUACAUUACAGGUAAUGAGCAGGAGAACGUACUCUUCGGUGGCAUCAAGGAUGAUGCACUGGAUGGAGGGGCCGGCCAUGACACCUUGCUGGGGGGUCAGGGCAAUGACAUCCUGAUUGGGAACAUAGGAGAUGACACUCUUUAUGGAGAGGAAGGGAGUGACACCAUGAUGGGCGGCUCAGGCUCUGACACCUUCGUUCCCGGACCAGGGGCUGAUCUAGUGGACGGGGGCCCAGGGAGAGACACUGUGCUGUACCAGGGGGAUCAUGAGAGGGGUGAGGGCGUUUACGUCAACCUGCUGAGCGGAGAAUGCCGUCAGGCAGAUGCUGAGGGAGACGUGUUGAAGGAUGUUGAGAAUGUGAUUGGCACUAUCUACUCAGAUAUCUUGGUGUCUGGCUACGAACCUGCCCUACUAAAAGGCUCUGACGGCAACGACAUUCUAGUGUCCCUUGUGGGAGGAGAUUACUUGAUUGGAGGAGAAGGAAGUGACAUUUACAUGAUGGUUUCCCACCAUGGCUUAGUGAUCAUAGACAACUGUGCCACAGAUAAUGCCACGGACAUUGUGUACCUGCGCUCUCUGUCUGAGAAGUCUGUUGACUGUUCAUAUCUACAUGACGGAGUGUUUCUGACAUUUUAUGGACUCGGCGACACUACUGUUGACAUAGAGCUGCGAAACUGGGUCAACUUCAGUCAUGAGUGUGGCCAUCUUAUGCUGGUCCUCAAUGAGGGUGAAAUAUCUGUAGAUGAACUCAUGCAGGAGUGUGAGUUGAGAUAUAACAUGCAAAGAGUCGUGGCAACUGUUACAUUAAUCCUUCUACUUGCCGUUUUACAUGGCAUUAUUUUGGUUAUACCUGUAAUCCAUAGAAAGAGGAAGAGGGGACAAGGAGGGAAAGACAGCAGUGAUAGAGCUACUGAAAUGGGGAAAGACACAAUAGAAGUGCGAGAAGAGGACGCACCUCUCCAGGGCUUAACUUCUCAACCUAAAGUAGAGGAAGAAGAGGAAGAGAAGGAAACUGAAUGAGAACGAUAGACAUUCAGUAACUCAGGACAGGACCUCAGAGGAUGUAGAGGAGACAAGUGAGUGAACGACGCCCUCAUAAUAAGUUUGGAGAACGAAAACAAGGGGAGCAAAAGAUAUAACCACAUGGCAUAAAGUACUAACCAACUCCCUCCACUUAAUAUCAAGCAAAUGUAACGUGACCAAUGGUUUUAUGUUAAUCUCUUACUAAACACAGCUAUGAAUACCUAACUACAGUAUCAGAACUAAUCACUGUUCAUAAUUAAUCACUUCUUGUUAUUAUAUCCUUAUAUUAUACAAAAAUAGCUACUCUGUCUGGAAAUUUAAAAAUGUACAAAUAUCAUGUUUAAAUCAAUGAAAUGUUAAUAAAAUGCAAAGCUCAA